UUCCAAGCCCAUCCUGAUUGAAACCCUGUUUCAAUCAAAAGAACUGCCGAAGACACCAGUCCUUAGGCAGUGAGCCAUGGAACAUGAUGACUUGGCCACGGUCAUACAGAAGUAUGUGGCAAAGCGCAGCGGACCCGAUGCGGUGCAGCAAGAAGAGGUUCAAUCGUCCACUUCGCCCAAUUCUCUCUCAAUCGAGGAGCGCUUUAAACUCUUGCGCAGUGUGGGCGAAGAAUGCCAAACGGAGCCUGAGUUGAUGGACUUGCUCAAGAGGAAAGCAACCUUCAACCUCUACGAUGGCUUUGAACCUUCGGGCAGAAUGCACAUUGCACAAGGCCUUUUCAAGUCCGUGAACGUGAAUAAAUGUACUGAAGCGGGAGGAAUCUUCAAGUUCUAUGUGGCAGAUUGGUUUGCUUUGAUGAACGACAAGAUGGGAGGAGAUCUGAAAAAGAUCAAGGACACCGGGAUGUACUUUGUUCAUGUUUGGAAGUCCUGUGGCAUGAAGAUGGAGAAUGUGCGAUUCAUUUGGGCAUCCGAUUUCAUCGAAGAGAAUGCUACCGAGUAUUGGACCAAGAUGUUGGACAUCAGCAGAGUCAACAAUUUGGGCCGUGUGAAGAGAUGUUGCACCAUCAUGGGCAGAGAAGAAGGAAACCUCACUGCUGCACAGAUCUUGUAUCCCCUCAUGCAAUGUACUGACAUUUUUAUCUUGCAAGCCAAUAUUUGCCAAUUGGGUGUGGACCAGCGCAAGGUGAACAUGCUUGCUCGUGAGUACUGUGGCUCUGUCGGGAUCAAGUACAAGCCCAUCAUCCUUUCCCACCACAUGUUGAUGGGUCUGAAAGCCGGGCAGGCCAAGAUGUCCAAGAGCGACCCAGACUCGGCCGUCUUCAUGGAAGACACGCCUGAAGAUGUGCGCCGGAAGAUCACCAAUGCCGCUUGCCCCAAAGAAAAGGAGAAGAAGUCCGCCAAGCAGAAGGAACUGCAGGGUGAUGACAGUGUUGCAGAGGAAUGGGUUUUGAACAAUCCGGUCAUCGAUUAUGUCCGUUACCUGAUUUUGGAGAACUCUAAGGGUCGGCAUAGCAUUGAGGUGGAUGGUCUCACCUACGAUGAAGCGGACAGCCUGGAGCGGGACUUCAUUGAGGGCAAGAUCUCGGAGAAGGGGCUCAAGGAGGCUUGCAUUGAAAGGCUGAACCAGAUCAUGGCAGCAUGUCGGAAGCAUUUCGCAGAAGACAAAGAGGCUCGAGAAUUAGUCGCACUGGUGGAGCAACACAAGGCAGAGGUCCAACGUGAAAAAGACGCAGGCACGGUGAAAGCAGCGCCACUUCGAAGUUUGCAGGUCUUCACAGAGAGCUCUGCCUCGGCCUCCGUAGGCGUGGUGUUUGCACCGCGGCCCGAAGGGGGUGCGGUCACUGCGGAAGAGGUCUUGUGCGUGCUACAGGGCUUGGUGCGAGCAAAGAAGGAUCAGAAGAAGCGCUUGGUGCUGUGGUGCGAAGACUGGUCCAGCUUCACGUUGGACAGGAUGAAGGGCGAUCUCAAAGUCAUUGCUGCCUACUUUGGCAUCUUAGGCGAAGCGGUGAAAACAAUGGCGAGUGUCUUGAAGCUGGAAGUUGAGGUGAAAUUGCAGUCCGAAGAGAUUCUCCGAAAUCCCAACAUGUACUGGAUCAGUGUCAUUGAUGCUGGCCGGAAGAAACGCCAGAGCUCCUCUGGCGAGGAGCCCAUGAUUGGCCUUGAUGAGGUUGGAGCUCAUCUUCCUGCAGGAGAAACCUUGAGCGAAAGUGGUCAGGUGGUCUCAACCUUGAUGCAUGUCGCUGACCUCUUGGCACUAUGCCGUGGGGUGAAAGACUUGACAAUCUACUCGGAUGCGAGCUUUGAGAAACAUCAUUCUUUGGGCCAAAAGUACCUCCAGGAUAACUUUGAUGGAAAGGAGGUGUGCAUCCCGAAGAUUGAUGCAACAUGCAAAUCUCUGAAGUCUCCCAUUGGCUUGACUCUUGGAGAAGGUGAAAGUGUUUGGAAUAGCAAGAUGAAGAAAUGCUACUGCUUAGAAGGAGAACUGGCUGAGAACCCCUUGAUGGACCUCCUGAGUUUAGUUGUAUCAUGCCAGCUCUUAGACACCAGUGGACCUCUCUUGGAAGUGCGACAGAAAGCUGAACAUGGAGGAGACAAGGACUAUCUCUCGCUCCAAGAAGUGGAGAAGUCCUUUGCCAGCAAGGAGCUUCACCCUUCAGCUUUCAAGCCGGCAGCACAGGACCGUGUGAAGCGCGCGCUGGCACCUUUGCAGCAGCUGAAAGAUGCUGCCUUCAAGAAAAUGUGUACCACUGUGGACACCUUCAUCAAGGCUCAGAGCAAGAAGAGGUGAGCAAAGUGAGGUGAGGAAUGUAGCUUUUUUUCAACGUCACACCAUGGGGUCAAAGACCGCGUGUUGGGAGCUGAGCCCAUUUUUGGAAAUGUGGCAAGUGGGCAUGUUGGCCUGCAAAUGUGAGACUUCAAAGUAGCGCAUGACGUGGAGGCUGCAGCGGGAGCCUUGUGGCUUUGUUAGUCUGGACAGAGUGCCAUUUCUUGUGCAGAAGUCUUCCAGCAGGGUUGCCCCUCUUGGAAAGAGCGAAAAGCGA